CCUAGAUCACGUGAUGCGCGUCUUUCAGCAGAAGAUGCAAAACCAUCUGAACUGCAGAGUGCGGCGAUAAUAAAGCGAAGCAGCUGCCGCCUGGUGCAGCAUUUUACACCGGGGACCGAGGUCGGGAUCUCCUGCAGAAAUGGAAGGUCCAGAGAUGGGGAUAAAGUCUUGUAACUCGGUUGAGGAAGAACACGACUCAUACAGCAGCAAAUCCUUAGCAGAGGAACUCCUUAAAGAGGACCAGCUGAGAAGAAAACUCAAAUUUUUUUUCAUGAAUCCCUGUGAGAAAUUCAGAGCGCGAGGACGAAAGCCUUGGAAACUUUGUAUACAGAUAUUAAAAAUCGCAAUGGUGACCGUUCAACUUGUUUUAUUCGGACUCAGUAACCAGCUGGUAGUUGCUUUUAAAGAAGAGAACACUAUAGCCUUCAAGCACCUGUUCCUGAAAGAUUAUAGGGAUGGGAAGGACGACACUUACGCAGUCUACAGACGGGAAGAGGUUUAUGAUCAUCUCUCCUUUGCAAUUAACCGGUUUUUGGAAUUAAGGAACAUAUCGGUUGGAAAUCACGCUUAUGAGAGGGGAGGUGCCGAACCUGCAUUCAUGGCUGUGUGCAGACGCUUCUACAAACAAGGGAGCAUAUUUCCUGGAAAUGAAACUUUUGACAUUAACCCAGAAAUUCUAACUGAUUGUUUCUACAUAGCGCCAUUAAUCCCAAUUGAGGAGCAAAUGCUGGAAGAAAAACAGGCUAAUAUGACAUUGGAUUUUCACAGGCUUUUAACAAUAGAAAUCAGAUUUAAGCUGAAAGCAAUUAAUCUUCAAACCAUUCGGCACCAUGAGCUUCCAGAUUGUUAUGACUUCACGGUGAAGAUAUUAUUUGAUAACCAAGCGCACAGUGGAAGAAUUAAAAUCAGCUUAGAUACUGAUGUUUUGAUCCAGGAGUGUAAAGACUGGCAUUUGUCUGGUUCCAUACAAAAGAAUACUCAUUAUAUGAUGUUCUUCGAUGCCUUCAUUAUUUUGAUCUGCAUUGCCUCUCUAACUCUGUGCAUACGAUCCAUGAUCAAAGGAAUUUACCUACUAAAAGAGUACGAGAGUUAUGCACAGAAUCGCUUUGGAAAGAAAGUGUCGUGGGGCGAUAAAAUGGAGUUUGUCAAUGGAUGGUACAUCAUGAUAAUUAUUAGCGACAUUUUAUCCUUCAUAGGCUCGAUUCUGAAGAUGGAGAUCCAAGCAAAGAGCCUAACAAGUUAUGAUGUCUGUAGUAUUCUGCUGGGGAUAUCCACGAUGCUGGUGUGGCUUGGGGUCAUACGAUACUUAGGAUUCUUUGAGAAGUACAAUCUGCUGAUUCUGACGUUAAGGGCAGCUCUUCCUAACGUGAUCCGAUUUUGCUGUUGUGCUGCUAUGAUAUACCUGGGGUACUGCUUUUGUGGAUGGAUUGUCUUGGGUCCUUACCACGUAAAGUUCAGGUCUCUCAAUAUGGUCUCCGAAUGCCUCUUCUCCCUCAUUAAUGGAGAUGAUAUGUAUAAUACGUUUUCAAUAAUGCAGCAGAAGAGCUACUUGGUCUGGUUGUUCAGCCGUAUAUAUUUAUACUCAUUCAUCAGCCUCUUCAUCUAUAUGGUUUUGAGUCUCUUCAUUGCUCUGAUAACAGACACCUACGACACAGUAAAGCACUCUCAGAAAGGUGGAUUUACUAAUUCGGAUCUUCUAAUGUUUGUAUCUGAGUGCAAAGACUUGCCCACCUCUGGCCGCUACAGACUAGAAGAGGACGACAUACCGGGAUGUGUGAUCUGCUGCCUGAAUCGGUGAGACGAACUCCUAAUGUGCACAGAGGUAAACCGGACCAGCUUCAUCAACUAUGUACUGAAAUUAUCUCACUACAGAUCAUCUGACAAAAAAAUAUAUAAAAUAAUUUAUUAAAUUGCUGACAUAAUUAUAUACCUCUGCCCAUUACUACACUUAUGAAAAAAUCUGUUCACAUGCUGUGCUGCUAAAUAUUGAUAAUUAUGUAAAAUACAAAUGUUUUAUUUGUUUUAAUUGUUGUGGGUAUUCACAUUCCGUUCUCUAUGUAAAGUUACAUUGUAGUGCUGCUUUAAUUCAUUGCAUUCAGUUUUUAAAGGGUCUACAUGUGUAUAUUAUAGAUAUGAACUAAUAAUCUGCUAAAAAAUCUUCCAUCCAAGACUAUUUAUAACUCUUUAGAGGGACACAGAAAGUUUUACUGUAAAAAUUAAAGUUAUUUUCUUUUUAA